CCGAGGCCUUGUUAGGAUCCUUUUGCUAACCGGUGAAAAUGCGUGAGUGCAUAUCUGUUCACGUUGGACAAGCGGGCGUCCAGAUCGGCAAUGCCUGCUGGGAGCUCUACUGCCUGGAGCAUGGCAUUCAGCCCGACGGCCAGAUGCCCAGUGACAAGACGAUCGGUGGAGGCGACGACUCCUUUAACACUUUCUUUAGCGAGACCGGAGCCGGCAAGCACGUGCCCCGCGCUAUAUACGUCGACCUCGAACCCACGGUUGUUGACGAAGUCCGUACUGGCACCUACAG